UUCUUUUUGAUGUAUAUGGAUUGAUGUAAAACACUAAAACUUAUGGUUAUGUGUUAUUUUAAUGUAUUUGGAUUCAUCUACAACUUAUUUUUAUAUUUAUUUUUAAUGUUUGAACUUGUAAACAUCAAAUUCAUAAUUUCUAUAUGUAUGUAUCUGUAGGAAAAUAGAAAAAAAAACAUGAAAAAUAUAGAAACCAAUUCACCCGACGGUCGAACCGGUUAAACCGAUUGAAUCGGGAACCAAUCACCAUACCGGUUCAACUAUAAAAACCGGUUUUUAAAACGUUGGUUUAAACUGUUUCUUUCGCGCGUAUUUGUACGCCCACGCGCUCUUCUUCUUCGUGAUUCCCAUUUUCUGGCCGUUACCAACUUACCAUUGCCAUGUUCCCCAGCGUAUCUUGAUCUUCAAUUUCUCACCCAAAAUUCAACAAACAUGGCGUCAGAAAACCCUAAUUCCACCCCAAAAUCUCCAAGAACCCUAAUGUGCCCUAAAAUCGACCCUUCCGCACCUCCAUUGCCCUCAUCAUCAAACCCUAAUCAGCCAUCAUCAUCAUCAUCAUCAUCGUCGCUUCAUCCAAAUGCAGACACGAAUGACGCGUCCGACAAUCUCUUCCCGGACUCUGGCCCAAAUUCGCCACACGAUCCAUCCGAAUCACUUGAAGAAGUUAUCGUUUCUGUUCCAGGCGCGAUCCUACAUUUAAUUGAUAAGAAUCACAGCGUGCAACUAGCGAUGGGAGAUUUCUCGAUAGUCAAACUACGUCAAUCCGACAGUCUGAUCGCCAUUCUCGCACGCGUUGGUGAAGAGAUCCAAUGGCCCUUGGCGAGGCACGAGGCUUGCGUUAAGUUAGACCAGUCUCAUUAUUUCUUCUCGUUACGCGCUCCAAAGGAGAAAGAACACGACGCUAUGAUGUUAAAUUACGGAUUGACAUUUGCUUCGAAAGGACAAGAGAAGUUGUUGAAAGAGAUGGAUGAGUUAUUGGAGCAUUGCAGUAGUUUCUCGGUGCAGAAAGUGGAGGAGAAGAAGGGGGCUUUGGAUUUGACAAUGGCGGAACGAAUGAGUCCCUCAGAUCUGAAAAUGGAUGCAAAUAAGGAAGAGAUGGAGCAGAUUUGUAGAGCUUAUUGGACGACAUUAGCCCCAAAUGUGGAGGAUUACAGUACGAAGGCUGCAAAAUUGAUUGCUGCAGGUUCAGGGCAACUUGUUAAAGGGAUUCUCUGGUGUGGAGAUGUUACAGUGGAUAGAUUGAUCAAGGGUAAUGAGAUUUUGAAGCUAAAGAUCGGACCUGCUAGCAACACAGCAGUUAAUCCUGAACUUCUAAAGGCUAUACACAGGGUUAAUAAGGUGACGAAGAUGACAGAGACAGUUGUUGGUGGACUUCUUUCUGGGGUUCUGAAGAUUACUGGAUUCUUUACAAGCUCUGUUGCUAGCUCUAAACUUGGCAAGAAGUUCUUCAAGUUUUUGCCUGGGGAAAUAGCACUCGCGACUCUGGAUGGAUUUAGCAAAAUUUGUGAUGCUUUUGAAGUUUCUGGAAAGAAUGUAAUGUCAACAUCAUCUACUGUGACAACAGAACUCGUCAACCACAGAUAUGGAGAAGAGGCGGCGAAGGCAACAAAUGAAGGGCUGGAUGCUGCGGGCCAUGCGGUAGGAGCUGCGUGGACAGUUUUCAAAAUUAGAACCGCAAUGAAUCCAAAAGGAGUUGUGGCGCCUUCUGUGCUUACAAAAACUGGUCUUAAAGAUGCAACCGAAGAGAUGAGGAAUAAAGCACUUAAAGACAUAAAGGCUAAAGAUUCCCAAAAAACAUCCAAGUGAUCGUUUGAUAGGUUUCAUUUAUAGAUAGGUAAUGCCCAGUUUGUUGAACAGACAGCCUUGUACUGUGUUUGUCAUGUACCAGAAGAUUUAAGAAGGUGGGACAGGGACUGAAGCUGGGACAGACAAUCCCUUGUAUUGAAAAGCUUGUACAGUUGAGUUUAGUCUAAUCCCAUACUGUAUAGUCAUGUCUCACGUAACAAAUGCAACCUUAAAAGAUAUUUAGAUAAAUUGAUGAAUUAGUAAAAUAAAAUAUAAAUGUAAAUAAUGAUUUAAGAA